AUGUUCAUACCCGACAAGGACAGAAAGUGGAAACAGGCAAACACGUUCAUCUGCCAUAGAAGAUUAGCAAUUUACAAGAAAAAAAUUUAUCGGAACAGGCCGCAGUUGAUUUACGUGUCGUUGUCUGGCGAUAUUUACACCCACGAGGACUACAGAGAGGCCGUGCAGGUGGACAACGACAUCCGGAGAGAGCUAAGCAUAUCAAACACGGGAAAAAGGUCGAGCAUACACGAUGUGAAUCUCCUGUACAGUAGAGUCAAUAAUCUGAUGAACUUCUGCGAGGACAAACAUUUGGAUGAAAAGAUGUUCGAGUAUUACUGUAUCCCCCGAUCCAUUAUAAGAGAGUACAACAGCCUAGGCAUCUACGAGCUAUACAAGGAGCAGGCGGACUGCCUAAGGAACGUCCUUCAGAACGAGGAAGUUGAAAGGAAUGUGAGAAGUAAGGUAGAAGACAUGACACCGGAGGAAAGAACCUUUGAGAAUGGACAUUCCCAAAAGAUAGACUCCUUUUCUAACGAGGAGUUCUUCACCUCCCUGGAGGAAAUUAAUCAAAAUGAUGAAGAAAAAGGAGGGAGAGAAAUAUCCCCACAGAGGGGGCCAACCAGCGUACACCUCCGUGACGACAAAUGGGACAUACCACACCUGAACAAUGACUCAAGGAACAAUUUUUUUUACAAAAAUUUUCUCUUCAACAUCCCAACAGGGAUGGGAAAGACCAUAAUAUACGACAUUUUAAUCAUUCGACAGGUCCUCUACAAAGGGUACAGAGCUAUAUUAUGCCUCCCCACCAUGUCCCUCAUUAAUGAAAAAUAUGAUUACUACGAGAAGCUGCUCGGAGAAAAGACCGUGUGGCUAAAUAUAAAAAAAUUUAACAGCUCCAAUGCUAGUGGGUACUCAUACCAGCUGUGCACCGACAUUGCCAUCUGCACGUAUGAACAGGCCAACAUCAUACUCAACAUUAUUAUAAAAAAUAACUUAAAGUAUAAUUAUAUUUUCAUCAUUGACGAAAUUCACUACUUGAAUGAUGACCAGAGGGGCAUAUUCAUCGAGUCUUUGCUCACGAAGGUUAAGUACAUCCAGCGGAACUACGACAGUGACUUUAAAAUUCGGGUCUACGGCUUUUCCGCAACGCUGUCGAAUGUGAACCAGAUCGGCGAAUGGCUGGACGCCAAGGUGCACGUGAGCAAGGAGAAGCUGCAGAAUAUAAAGCACCUGUACAAGAUAAAUAACGCGAUAUACAAAGACAUACACGGGAAGCAGCUGGAGAGGAGUCUGGAAGUGCCGUUCUACCUGGACCCGGACCAUCUGGUGUACCUACUCAGCGAGGAACUCAUUCUGCAGAGAAACGUUCUGAUCUUUUGUCCAACGAAGAAGAAAUGCGAAAAGGUGGCGUAUUUUAUAAGCAACGUUAUGCCGUACUAUUUGAAAAACAGGAAUUACCAGGUAAAGAGGGAGGUGGUCGAAAGGAGGGUGAAGCUUGUGAACGAACUGAAGGAGCGCAGUGUAAUUAUUCCGGUCCUGGAUAAGUUAAUUCUUAGUGGGAUUUUCUAUCACCACGCGGAUCUGCAGAGUAACGAGAGAGGAAUAGUGGAAGGUGCAUUUAGGAGUAACACCCUUUUCUGUCUGUGUUGCACGACGACCCUGUCCGUGGGGGUGAGUUUCAACGUGCACACAAUAAUAAUCCGUAACAUACGGUUGGGCAACAAUUUCCUAACAAGGGACCAGAUCAUGCAGAUAUCUGGACGUUGCGGCCGCAUGAAGAAGGUUCGCACGGGGGAAAAUUCCUCUGAUGGAUCAGGCGGUCCGAUUAGCACAGUAAGCAGUGUAGUGGGUGAGGCACUCAGUGGUAGAAAAGUUUCCACUGAGGCCGCUACGUACACCCCGGUGAAGGACUACGACGAGGACUGUGACGGGAAGGUCUUGGUCUUCCUCGAGCGGUGCGAUAAAAAGUAUAUGGAAAAAAUUCUGAAGGAUGAUGUAGACUUGUUCAGACUGAAGACAAAGCUGAACAAUUUUCAAUUUUGUAAAUUCAUCGUGGAGCUCAUCCAACUGAAUCUGAUCAAAACGAAGAAGAACGUGGAAGACUUCCUCCUUCUGUACACACUCAAAUUUUUUAAAUUGGACGAAAGGGGGGAAAAGAAAAGCAGCACGGAUUGCAUCACCCCCGUGAAUUAUAGAGACCUAAUGAUGCAGGAGAUAAAGCAGACCUUCCAGUAUCUCUUCGAGAAUAAGCUGAUCCUCAUCCCGUAUGACAAGGAACAGUCUUACUACUACUACCUGUUCGCCAAAAUUUACAACGUCAACCUUUACCAAAUGGAACACAUUUUCAACUUCCACUUUUUAUGCCAGUACAUUAACGUGGACACUCUACUUAAAUGUAACUUACCACAGAAAGUGGAUUUAUUUAAAAAAUUGCACAGGAACUACAAACAGAAGGAGUACAAAGAUGAGGGUAAGCAAAAACCUUUUUUCUCCCUCCCCUUUUUAACCAUUCUUCUCAUUUUCAAGGAUACAAAGGUGAAUACAAAUAUCUUCCAAAAUUUGUCUGUACAAUUUGUGAAGUAUUUAUUUCUCGUUAAUAUUAAUAGCAAGCAAUUUGAUUUUUUCGUUUAUGACAUUUUGCGGGACGACGAUGUGAUUGGCUGCACGGAGGUUUCUUCGUAUGUGCAUCCUAUUCUGAACGCGCUGGACUUUAUUUUCAGCUUCUCCUUCAUGCAGUACGUGUACUUCAAAGGCUUCCCCACGGACGUCCUGCUGAUGAUUUUCGUCUUCUGCAUCCAUUCGGAUAUUUCGCUCAAAAUCGACUUUGACGUCUACGAGCAGAUACUAACCUCUAGGAGUGGCCCCGACGGGGGGGACGUGCGCAGGAUUUUUCACUACUUCGAUCUGAGCAUGGAUAAGCUGAAGCGCUUCAAGGAUUGCAAUAGCGAAGACCUUUGCGCCCAGUGUGCUCAGUGCGCCAAGAAGAUGCUGCAGGGAGAAAUCAACAUCGAUGAGAUCUACGAAAACUUCGAAUGGGUCAAAAUCAAGCGCUUUUACUUUUCCCUCAUCGUGUACGACCUGUUCACGGAGGACAUCCAUACCGUGGGGCGCAAGUACAGAGUCAAAACGAAUGAUAUAAAAUAUAUGUACUCGAAGUGCUUCUACAAUCUGUCCUUCAACUGCAAAAUUUUGCGGAACUUUAAAAAUUCAUUGGACAUUUUCUGCAUCGUCCUGGAUAAUCUCCUCAUAAAAAUGAGGUCCAGAAAUUUAGCCUUCACUUUUUAA